AUGUUUUUCAUAUUGAUGAUUACCGGCGGCAGCCACCAAGCUUCAUCAAACAGUCUAUCACGUGACAGCACUCGACCCCAGCAGAUAAUGCUAACCAUCAUACUAAGCAACUGUCUAUUGGCACUACAGCUCAUACUAUCACAAAUGGUGGUAAUGCCAAUCAUUGGCCACACGACUGUCCACACUCUACUCGUCCUAUCCAUUGCCGGCUCUAUUAAUAACUAUAUAAUUACAACCUUAUUAUACGUCCAAUCGUUUUUAUUUGCGGCCCUUUCGUGGGACCGAUACUACGGCAUAUGUCGGCCCCUCGACAACCCCUUUGACCGCAUGUCAUACAAACGGAUAUACCUAUGGAUAGUGAUUCCCAGCGCUGUCCUAUCCCUGCCAUCCUUAGUCAUUACGUAUUUAUAUUACUUUGAUUACUGGCAUAAUUUAUUGAUUUGCGUUGACAACCAUGAUUAUUAUAUGCCGGCCCUCAGCGGAAUAUUUAAGUUAAGCACUACUACUAAAAUUAUCAUGAUAAUCACCAUGUUAAUCAUACCGACCCUGAUGAUUGGCUACUGUACGGCCCGCAUAAUCGCACACAUGUACUCUAUCGGUGACCACUUGCGCGCGCCGGUAGCUAAGCGAUUAAUGGCCAUAUAUAUCGUGUUUAUUAUAAAAUACGUGGCCAUUCAUACGGAAACUAACCCAUCGGUAUUUACCUCGCCCGAAACAUGCCAGCUGUCCACUCGUAACUACGUGUGCACUGUUAUAGUGAGGGCGACGGGCUUUUUGGACUCUAUGAUUUUUUUCUGGGUGGCCACCAGUUUCCGGCGCCAGUGCUUUGACGUGUUGGUCAAGUGUGUCCGCUGGCCAUACCGUACAAUGUUAGCUAUCGUAACACUUGUGUUGGUAAAUGCGGGGUCACUGGUAAUGUUUGUAAUUCCGGCGCUAGUGGUCAUAGACUUAGGUCGUACAUUUCCCAAAGUGGCAUUUUACGCGCAAACACUGGGAACCGGGCAGUUAUCGUUGUUUAAUCUACUCAAAGCCUAUUCACUAUACGAUACGGAAGUUGAAUAUUGCCAGGGAUUAAGUUUUGUGGCCGGCAUACUAUUGCUUCACAUGAGUGAAGACGACUCGUACGAAAUGAUGAAAUACAUACUGUUUGAUAGGGGGCUUAGGAAACAGUACAAACCGGAUAUGGAUGCUCUACAG